GCGGCGGCGGGAGGUGCGUGUCCCGCGGUCGGGGCGGCGCGGCCGUGGGGUCUCUACCCGGGGGUACCCCUCCGCGCGUCCGGUGAGCACACCUGUUCCCGCGGGCCCCCGCCGGGUGCCGGGCCUAUGCGCAGUCCCAGCUUCCUGCGGGGCGGAGCCAGUGCCCGCGGUCCCCUAGCCCCGCGCCCCCGCCUCCGUCCUGAGACCCGGGCCCGGAGGGCGGCCUGGCCCCCGUGUCAGGGUCCAGCGCGCGGCCGGCGCGAGUGCUCUGGGUCCUUGUUGAAACGCGCAUCGUCUCCGGGGCCGUGAGCCGUGUCCGCACAGCACCCUGUGGGAGAGGCGCCCGAGCAGCCCGAGGCCGAGGCGGAGAUGGCGGCCGCCCAGGUGAGGGGACAGUUGACCUUCGGGGACGUGGCCGUCAGGUUCUCCCAGGAGGAGUGGGAAUGCCUGGCGCCUGCCCAGCGGGCCUUGUACAGGAGCGUGAUGCAGGAGAACUACAGCAACCUGGUCUCUGUGGCACUUUCUUCUCAUUACAAAAAAGGAUUGUUACUCCAGCAAGCCAUAAAAGACUCAUUCCGAAGAGUGCUCCUGGGAAGAUGUGGCAGCUGUGACCCUGGGGACUCACACCUGAGGACACACAGGGACGGGGAGGCUGAGCAUGGAGGGCAGGACGGCCGUCACGGAGGAGUGCAGAGCCACGGGAGGGGCCCCCGGGACAAGCCCCUCCUUGUCCGUGGGGACCCGCAGCCUGGGGUGACUGGGGACAAAGCCCAGUUUAAGUCAGUUACUGUUGCAGAAGAACGUGUUUCUGUGAGUAAAUGUCAUCAUCCAGUUUUGAGACAUCAUCCAGUUUCUCAGAAGGAAAUCUUGGAAAAUCUUAAAACUGAGGAGGGCCAUGGUGCAAAUAAUAGUUUCAAUCAUUUUAAUUACAGCAGUGCAUUAGAUAUACAUUCCUGUGCUUCUGAGGACCAAGGCUGUAAUGAAGAAAAAAUGUGUAAGUACAUUGAAUUUGAAAAAUCCUUGACCAUGGAUUCAUUAUUCUUCCAUGAGCAAGUAAUUCCUGCUCAUGCUAAAACUUGCAGUUUUAAUAACUAUCAGAGAGACUAUAUUCACCCAUCAUUACUUAAUGAAUGUCAUUGUGUAGACAGUGAAAAAGAACCUUACAUGUACAGUAAAGCUAAGCAGGCCUUUAGGAAGGACUCUCUAUUAAAUAAUCGCCAAGAUAGUUACAUUCAAGAGAGAACAUGUCGAUCUACAGAACCUGGAAAAAAGUGGAACAGAGGAUCAGUACAUGGAGAUCAGAGAACUCAGAUUCCAGAAAACCAUUACCCACGUAACAAAUGUGGGCAAGUGUUCAAGGAGUGGUCAGACUUUAUUCUGCAGCAGUGUAUCCACAUUGGAGAGAAGUCUUACAAAUAUAAAGAAUGUGGCAAAACUUUUAAACAUUUCUCAAAAAUGAUUAAACAUGAGAGUAUUUGCACUGGUGAGAAAAGUUGCAAAUGUAAAGAAUGUGGGAAAGGCUUUCGUCAGUCUUCCCAACUAAAAAGUCACAAGAGGGUCCCUGCUGGAAAGCGGUCAUAUAAAUGUAAAGCGUGCAGCAAGUCCUUCACUAGAUCCUCGUAUCUUCAGGUGCACGAGAAAGUUCAUACAGGAGAGAAGCCUUACAGAUGUAAAGAAUGUGGAAAUGCCUUUAGGUGGUCCUCAAACCUUACUCGGCAUCAGAGAAUUCACUCUAGGCAAAAACUAUACCAAUGUAGAGAAUGUUGCAAAUCCUUUACUUCUUAUUCACGUCUUAAUGUGCAUGAGAGAAUUCAUAGUGGAGAGAAGCCUUACAAGUGUAAGGAAUGCGGAAAAGCCUUUAAGUGGGACUCACACCUUAAUCAACAUAAGAUGAUUCAUUCUGGACAAAAACCUUACAAAUGUACAGAAUGCAGCAAAUCCUUUUCUUGUUCCUCAAGUCUUAGUGUGCACCGGAGAACUCAUACAGGAGAGAGACCUUACAAGUGUAAGGAAUGUGGCAGAACCUUUCAGCAGAGCUCACACCUUACUCGGCAUCAGAGAAUUCAUUCUGGACAGAAACCUUACAAAUGUAAAGUAUGCAGAAAAUCCUUCAGUUGUUCUUCAAUUCUUACUAUGCAUGAGAGAAUUCAUACGGGAGAAAAACCUUACAAGUGUAAAGAAUGUGGCAGAGCCUUUAACUGGAACUCACAAUGUAAUCGACAUCAGAGAACUCAUUCUGGACAGAAACCUUAUAAAUGUAAUGAAUGCGGCAAAUACUUCAGUUCUUCCUCAUAUCUUAAAGUGCACCAGAGAAUUCAUACAGCAGUGAAACCUUUCCAAUGUAAAGAAUGUGGCAAAGCCUUUACUUAUUCCUCAAGGCUUAAGGUGCAUGAGGGAAUCCAUACUGGAGAGAAGCCUUACAAGUGUAACGAAUGUGGAAAAGCCUUUAGGUGGGAUUCACACCUUAAUGAACAUCAGAGAAUUCAUUCUGGACAGAGACCUUUCAGAUGUAAUGAAUGCAGCAAAUCCUUCAGAAGUUCCUCAAAUCUUUAUGUGCACCAGAGAAUUCAUACUGGGGAGAAGCCUUACAGUUGUAAAGAAUGCAGUAAAGCCUUUGUACAGGUCUCCCACCUUGCUAAACAUCAGAGAGUUCAUUCUGGACAGAAACCUUACAAAUGUUAGGAAUGAAACAUAUCCUUUACUUGUUACUCACAUCUUACUGUGCAUCAGGGAAAUCAUACAAGGUAGAAACCUUAGAAGUGUAAAGAGUAUGCUAAAGCUUUUAUGCAGAGUUUACAGAUUACCAAAAAUCACAGGAUGCAUUGUAGACAGAAACCAUACAAAUGUAAUGAAUGCAGCAAAUGUUUUUA